AGUUCAUUAGUAAUCACCGAAAGUGAUCGAGAUCCUUCCGAGAGAGAAGCUAAGCGACUGUAUAAUCCAAUCGUUGAUCUCUCUUCUCCUCUUCGAAAAUGGGUGGUGCGGUGAAGGAUAUCGCUUCAAAGUCGGAGCUUGAUAACUUGCGCCAGAGCGGCGCACCAAUCGCGCUUCACUUCUGGGCUUCGUGGUGUGAUGCGUCGAAGCAGAUGGAUCAAGUCUUCUCUCACCUCGCUACUGAUUUCCCUCGCUCCCACUUCUUUAGGGUAGAAGCUGAGGAACAUCCUGAGAUAUCUGAAGCUUACUCUGUUUCUGCUGUUCCCUUUUUCGUCUUCUUCAAGGAUGGCAAAGCUGUGGAUACACUUGAAGGCGCAGAUCCAUCGAGUUUAGCCAACAAGGUUGGCAAAAUAGCUGGUUCUAGUACUUCUGCUGAGCCUGCUGCUCCGGCAAGCCUAGGGUUAGCUGCAGGGCCGACGAUUCUUGAAACCGUGAAGGAGAACGCGAAAGCUACCGUGAAAGACCGAGCUCAGCCUGCGCCCACCACUGAAAAUCUCAAUGACCGUUUGGAGAAGCUCACUAACUCUCACCCUGUCAUGUUGUUCAUGAAAGGCACUCCUGAAGAGCCUAGGUGCGGGUUUAGCAGGCAAGUAGUGGGCGUUUUGAGAGAGGAGAAUGUUGAUUUCGGAAGCUUCGAUAUACUUUCUGACAACGAAGUGCGUGAAGGUCUGAAGAAAUUCUCAAACUGGCCAACGUUUCCUCAGCUGUACUGCAACGGGGAGCUUCUAGGAGGAUCAGACAUUGUCCUGGAGAUGCAAAAGAGCGGCGAGCUGAGACAAGUGUUGUCUGAGAAAGGGAAACAGAGUCUUGAAGAUAGGUUGAAGACGUUGAUUAACUCGGAGAAGGUUAUGCUUUUCAUGAAAGGUUCACCGGAUGAACCAAAGUGUGGGUUUAGCUCAAAAGUGGUGAAAGCACUUAGAGAUGAGAAUGUGAAUUUCGGGUCGUUUGACAUAUUGAGUGAUGAAGAAGUGAGACAAGGGAUAAAGAGUUUCUCAAACUGGCCUACGUUUCCUCAGCUUUACUAUAAAGGUGAGUUAGUUGGAGGAUGUGAUAUCAUUAUGGAGCUGAGUAACAGUGGUGACCUCGGAGCAACACUAUCUGAGUAAUCACUUGCCUAUCUCUCUUUCCCUUUUUUGCCUUGUUGUGGACUUGUGGUUUGAGAAGAUUCUAGUUCCGGUUUAGGUGUUAUAAGACAUUGUUAUUUACUUAAGGUUUUGUCUGCUUAUUUCAAUGAUUGAGGAAACAUUUUUUCGCAUAUCAGAAUCAUGAUUUGUUGGCUUGUUGUAA